AUGAGGAUGGCAGCAACUAAAAAGGAGAGGGAGUCAUCUACUCAAGCGAAGGGAGGUGCAUGUGUGUCUAAUCUGCUCAAGGUGGUUGACGAGACUGUAGCUGAGGAGGAUGAUGCCAAGAAUGGCGCAGCUGAUGAGGUGGCGGCAGACUUAGCUGAUCAGGCAGUUGGGGUUGCUAAGCAGAUGGCUACAUUUGAAGAGCAUGUAGUUGAGAUAGGCGGAGCCAUGGAGGGCAUAGUUGAUCAAGUGGAAGCUGAGGAGGACGCUGCUUAUGGGCGACAUCCUGCUUGGCCUACGUCUCCCUUAGGAUGCUGCUCAUGGACGAUAGUCAGCUUGACAUGCAUCUCCCUUAGGACGCUCCACAGAUGUCACCGUGUGUCUCCCUUAUGA